AUGGACAAAGAUCUAGAGGCGGCUGGGGCCGCCCCGAACUUAGCGAUACCGCCCUUCACGGCCUUUCGCGGCGUCUCACUCCCUCCGCCGCCGCCACCGCCGAAGGAUGAGGGGUAUAGACCGAGUACGGCAUCUACGAAAAGGCUCUCGUAUUCGACAACAGUAUCUACUUCACAAAGGACGAUAAAGUAUGCGAAGUGGGGCAGGUUCGCAGGAACCGAGCUGUCACCACAGCCCAGCGAUGAUCCAGAGGACCCAUUGAACUGGCCGCAAUGGAGGAAAGAACUCAAUUUUGCUUCCUUGAUAGUCUUCGUCGCUCUCGUAUCGGCCAUGAAGACCAUCUUCAUCAGUGUCAACAACGUUAUGGCGAGGAGAUACAAUGUUUCGUACUCAUCAGUAGCCGCUCUCACGGCCGUUCCUCUCAUAGUGUCGGCAUUUUCCGGGCUGGCCAGCGUCACCGCCGCCAAGGUGUGGGGAAAGCGCCCAGUGUACCUGGUUUCGAUGACACUGGUGUUCAUCGGAUCGAUGUGGAACAUGAGGACUCUGGACAGCUACCGGCAGUGCAUGGCUGCGCGAGUCUUUCAAGGCCUUGGCUGGGGUGCCUUUGACACGCUGGUGCUCGGAUCUAUUUACGACACCUUUUUUGAACAUGAGCGCGGGAUCAGAAUCGCCAUUUACAACAUCGUCACCGUCGCCGUAACCUGGGGUGCUCCCCUCUUCGGCGGCCUCGCCUCCCGCAACGCGGGUCGCUUUACCCUUCAAUUCGAAAUUAUCAACUCAUUCUUCGCCGUCGCCGUGCCUCUUCUCGUCUUCGGCACCGCCGAGACCACUUUCGACCAUAUCUGGAGUGUUUCGCUUCAGACUCCCGGCACCGCCAUGAGCCAAUUCCGCCGGCCUCUCAUCCCCAAGGGACCCCUCAAGAUCACCAAGCAAGAUGUCUUCGACUACCUCAAGACCAUUCCACCCGUCUCCUACAAGGGCAACCUGGAGACUCACGUGCUUUUGCAGGCUCCUCGCGCUUUCGCCGCCCCUACGACUCUCCUCCUCUUCGUCGUUACAUUCUUGCCCUACGGCUCCCUCUGGGCCGUUUCCGAGACCCUCUCGCUCCUCUUCACUACAGAGCCCUUCGCUCUCAGAGAGGACAGCAUCAGCAGCCUCAUGGGCGGUCCCUUCAUGAUCAUGACCAUCCUCGUCUCCCUCGUCGCCUACUACAAGCCCUACCAGGCCAGGUUCGACAAGGAAAAGCACUUCGUCACCCUCAUCGCCGGAACCGCCUUCUUCAUGUCCGGCCUCCUCUCCUUCGGCCUCGCCACCACCCCAAAUCUCCUCAACACCGUCUCCGCUUUCAACUACCCGCUCCUCGCCUUCCUUCUUGCCCUCCUCGCCGCUGGCUUCACAGCUCUCGACGCCACCGUCUCCCCUCUCAUCUUCAACUCGUCCCAAUUCACCUCUUCCAAUCUUUAUUCCUGCCUGCGCAACGUCGCCGACAUGUCCACCGGCGUCUCCUGUCUCCGCACGCUCUUCGCGGGCAUCCUCGUCCAAGCCGUGCCUUCGGCCGUCGCUGCCGACAGGGGAGAGCUGGCGAGACACGCCGUCGGUUUGUCCUGCGCCCAGGUGCUCGUUGCUCUCGGCGCCGGCGCGGUCUGGUGGGUGUGGGGCGACCGAGUUCGGAGGUGGGAUGGGCGCGUCAUGGGUCUUGUAGACCUGAGCAUGUUGAGGCGAAACGAGAGCUUCUUCGAGUACGACGAUUGA